CACAUAGGGAUGCAUUAACACUGCAAAGAAUGUGAAGCAAUACGAGAUCUACCCCUCCAUACUGAUCAGCAAGUAUGCCGAUCCGACAGCGAUUGAACUCUCGGAGCAGAAUCCUUUGAUACCCACGUUCCCAAUUCGUCAAGACUCGAUUCUUUGCUCGAAAAGUAAGCCAAUGGUGAUUUCAUCCAGAGCCAGCAUCGUCUGCCAGUCGACACAUGACGUAGCAGAGUUUGCAUAUCGUCAUCGUCGCAUCGCCGGGCAUUCCGAACAUAAAAAGUCGCCCUGUCUUCCCAAUGCCUAGAUCACUUCGAUCGGAUUGAACCUCCGCUGAGCUGUCUGCUAUUUCAUUGUAAUCCUCUCGUUGCCCUCUUUUACUUCUUUUCACAUCUCAGAAAGACAGCGUGACAGCAAAGAGAAUCAUCAUGGCCAUUGGAGGAAUUCAGAUGGGCCUUCGGGCCUGGCAGUUCAUAUGGACUCUGCUGGUCAUGGCCCUCAUCGGUAACAUGAUCAACCAGGCCUUCUCCGGCAACCCCGCGACAGUAAACUACGCCAUGUUCACCUCUGCAUUCUCCAUGUUCACCCUUUUCUACCUCGUCCCGGCAUCCUUCAACACGGACUGGUCGGGCCACCCCAUCAUCCUGAUCGUCCUGGACACCCUCAACGCCAUUUUCUUCCUUACCUCUGGUAUCGCCUUGGCUGCCAGACUGGAGUGCCACGACUGUUCCAACGAUGAAUACACCCUCAACAACGAAGUCACCAACGGCGCCGAAGGCCGCACGAAGCGUUGCCGCGAGGCUCAGGCUUCCGUGGCAUUCCUCUGGUUUGCCUGGGCUGGGUAUACCGCCUCUAUGAUCCUUUCUUUCAUCCAGUGGCGCCAGUCUGGUGGUUCUCGCCAGCGUCCCCGUACUGGUCCUUCUCGUCCCAGCCGUCCCAGCAUGGCCCAGGUCUAGGUUUGUUUUCUCGAGGGAUGUGAAAAGUGGAGAGUUGGGGCUAAUAUGGAUGUGCAGAUCGAUGUGCGACAAAGCGUCUAGUCGAUGUUGGGUGAAACGUGAAAAAGGAAAACGGUCGAAACGAACG